AUGAAGGGUGCACUCCGGGAUGUACCUUCUAAGAAAACCACUUCUAAAGUGGAAACAAGAUCGGUCACUAGGGGACGAUCCACGAAGGGUGUAGACAGUGCGGGAAGCAAUAACAGCGAUGCAUCGGAUGAGGAGGAGGAGGAUGAAGAAGAGGAUGAUGAGGAUGAGGAUGACGAUGCACAGGAGGAUGAGGAUCUCGACGAGGAGGAUGACCACGAUUUGGAUCUCAUGGAGGAACCAAGGGACGUUAGAAGGAAAGUGCCCAUCAAGUACCUAGAAAACAGGACUAGAAGACAGGUCACUUUCGCGAAGAGGCGACACGGGAUAAUGAAAAAGGCCUACGAAUUGUCUGUACUGACAGGGUCCAAUAUCUUGCUUUUGAUUUUGUCAAGGUCCGGGCUCGUUUACACUUUCUCUACUCCCAAAUUAGAACCCAUAAUUAGAGACGAAGAGGGGAAAACUUUGAUUAGAAAGUGUUUGAACGCUGGCGAGGCGGGUCCAUGGUAG